AUCCGAAGCCCCGUGGUCUACAUCGAGGAGCGGCUCUUCCUGGGUUUGAACUUCAUCGCGGCGCUGGAGCGCUAUCCGAACUCCAUCCCGGAGUCUCGGCUGGCCUUCGGCUUUGAGGGCGAGGCACCGGUGCUGCUUGCUUCGCCGCGCGCACCGGGGGACGACGGAGCCGGUGCAGUCCAUGCGUGCUCUCGAACUCGGAGCUUGCCCAAGUGGUUCCUUUCGGAGGCGCAGCUGCAGGAGUCAAAGGGCGACGGCACGUCGACCCUGCGGCCCGUGCGAGGCUUGCAGGGGUUGCUGCUGGAGGGCAUCUCAGAGGAGCGAACCAUCGAGGUGCCGUCGCCCUUUUUGGAGACUUUCGCCCGCACUUGUGCUGCCGGUGCUAUGGAGAAGGAGCUGGCGGAGCUGGGCAUCCGGAAAGAGGCCUUGGCUGCCAGCGCUGGUGCGCUGCGCUUCCUAGAGCUCAGGUUCCCGACAGUGCUUCAGGCACGACAGAGAGCGCUAAUCCUUUACUUCUGCACGUUCAACUUCGAGACGCACAUGGCAGUGCCCUUGCUUGUCAGGCACCAGCUCUACGAUGCCGAUACGACCUACGGCGUCCUGCAGCUUUGGGACCUCUACGGGUUGGACUGGCCUCGCGCCAGCAAGGCUGGGAUCUUCCUCUUGAGGGCCCAGAACGAUGUGAAGCCUUCCGAGGCCGUGGCCGUGAACGGCCUGAAGCAGCGAAAGGUGGCGGAGUUUCGUGCAGAAUGGCAAUCUGCGGAGGAAGAUCAGCGCAGGGCGGGCCUCGCGCAGCUCCACGCGGAGAGAGAACUCCAGAGGCUGGAGCGGCACAACAAGAAGAAGCGAAAUGCCGACGUUGAGGAAAUCAUGCAGCAGCUGUCUAUUGUGCCACAGCAAGAGCUGCUUGAUGCCCUCCAAUCCGGAAAGUUGCCGAGCGGCGUGGAUUCUCAACUCGUAGAGGCCUGGAUCCUGGGCAACCGGCUGAACUUCUCGGGCCGAGCCGUGGACAAGAAGCAGCUUGCCAAGCAUGCGGCCACGGAGAAGCUCGCGAUCCGAAGGCUGCUAGCUGCAAGGGAGGAGCCGACCACCAGAAGCCUUGGCUCUGAUCGAGGGGACAAAGAGCAACGCGAGUGGGAGGCACGCCUCAUGGAUUUCUACGGCCGUGCCAAUGCAGCUCGCGUGGCAGAGGAGGCGCAGUGUCUUGCUGCAGCUCGGAGGUCGCAAGCGCAAGGAGACAGGCGCCCAUUCGUUCCUGUUCCGCCUGAGCCAAGCGAACUUGCCUCUGCGAGGUCGGAACCGGAACCGAGUCUUUCGGAAGAUCUCCAAGCAGCAGAGGCGGUGCCUUCCGGCCCGCCUGGCAGCGAGCCCUGGCCGGACCCCGGCUGCCAGCACAAGGCCUCGAAGGCUCGCAGCAAGGAGCUGCAGGCAAUGGCUGCGACCUUCUCCACGAGAAGGUGCUUUCUGCAGAGGAUGCAGAAGACGGCAGAUGUCCGAGCCGUGAAAGCCGACAAGGAGGAGCAGACGAAGAUGCGCUUGGAUGACUGCAAAAGAGUCUGGGCCACGAGGACCCGAGUGUUGGCGGCGAAGCAUGGUCACCUGUUGGAGUACCGGCGCAGGGAGGUGGAUCUGCGGGAGCAGCAGCUCCAAGCUGAUCUCCGGAAGCUCCGCGACCGGCGGGGCGAGGAGCUCGAGAGCAAGCGAGCAGCCAUUCUCGAGCAGAAACGCCUCGAAGGCCAAGGAACAGGCCUUCAUGCGAUCGCGUCGCCAACCAGAGCCGCCACCACCGUCCGGGUUGGAAAGAUGGAGGCAGUCGAGCUGAUGGCGACAAACGGCAAGCUUGCGACUGCGACCUUCUCAUCAGGUACCGAGUCGACGAGAGCCAGUGCCAUGGGAAGCACGUUCCAGGAGUUGCGAAGUCUCGCCGAUGUCACCUGGACGGAAUCUGAAAGCUCUGGAGCUGUUGCCUCACGGAUGGCCUCCACGAUGUUGUCUGUGCAGGCCAGAAAGAGGCACAGCGACAGCGACGAGAGGUUGCCCAUGGCAGCCACGGAUGGCUGGCAAUCGGAGCGGCCGCGGCUCCCUCCGCGGCCAAGGCCGCAGCCGCCACGGCCGCCAAGGCCCCUGGCCUUCUCGAGCCGGCGAGCGCCAAGCGAUCCAAGUGACAGGCCUGUUCCGCUGAGAAGAAGGCAAGACCGCAUCGCCGCGCUUUGCCCCCUGAGCUUGGCGGAAGUAGUGGCGUGGAAGAGCCCUCAAAAGGAAGCUGUCGGCAGAAGCGCCGUGCUGUAG